AUGAAGGUAUGGGCUAACAAUUAUUUAGAGGAAAUGUUCACAAGUGGAGCAGUCAGAAUGAAUCGGCAAGCAGAAGCUAAUGUGCUUAUAGUCGGUCUUGGAGCCGGAUAUUUGAACUCCCACCUUCACGCUACAUUCCCAAAGAUGAAUCUAACAGGAGUAGAGAUUGAACCAAAAAUGGUACGAAUCGCCCGUAAAUGGUUUGGUCUCGUGUUAGAUAGUCGACAACGGGUUUACACGAUGGAUGGAGCUAAGUUCAUACAUAUGGCUGUAAGAGAAGGAAGAAAAUACGAUGCAAUAUUGGUGGACGUGUGUUCAGUGGAUAAAGACGUUGAGCUUACUUGUCCCAGCAGUGCAUUCGUUCAGGCUGAGAGUGUGAAGGACUUUGCGCAGGCGAUAACGGAAAAAGGUGUUAUCAUGUACUCAGCAUAUCCGCCCCAAAGGCCUGAAGGACCGGUACGAAAGAUUUCUCAAAAGCUUGAAAAGUGA